AUGCUCGCGACAGCCAGUCCACCGCCAACCGCCAGUCCCAGCCACUACCCACGCCUCCCGACGACAGCCGCGUUCGCAUCGCCUGCACACGACCACAGCACUGAGCGUGCUGCCGCAGGAGUGAUCGCGGCGGCCAUGGUGGAGGACGCGCUUGCAACGCUCCUCAAGCGGUACAGCGAUGGAACAGCCGCGCUCGAUGUCACUAAGGUGCCCAUCGACCAGCCCGACGAGCUCGUCUUCGAAGAUCACAUCGCGCGCGACAACGGGACGGGUUCGACGUCGGACCAGCAGACUGUGCUCGGGGAGGAGGGCUCGCUCGAGUAUGCAAAGGAGCUGUAUCGGCGAAAAGGACACCUGCCGGCGCUGAAGAAUCCUCGCGAGGAGGAACGACGACGAGUUCUGCGCCGUUACUCUCUGCAUUCUGUCGGGCGAGUACCUGCUAUCGACCAGCUGGCGAAACUGGCGCGAGAUGUCUUCCAGGUCGAUACCGUCGUCAUCAACGUCGUUCUUGAGGACCGCGUCUUGUUUGUCUCGACAAGCGGAUGGGAUCCGAAAGAGGAGGACGAGGACUUUCCUCGAAUCGCGGUCGACCGCGACGCCUCGUUCUGUCCCCACGCCAUGAGCAAGCCGCCCAACUCAGGCUGCUUUCAAGUGCCGGACGCAGUCCACGACUGGCGCUUCAAGCGCUCUCCGCUCGUCAACGAGGGCAAGGGGCCGGUCGGCUUCUUCGCGUCUUCCAACAUCAACUUGCGACCAGUUCCGAUUCCCGAUGCACCAGAGCGCGAGGCGAUGCCAGUUGGCUCCCUCUGUCUUGUACAUCACGAGUCAAAACCGCCUCUGAAUGAAGCAGAGGAGAGGAUGCUGAAGCAGUUCGCUAUGAUGGCCGCAAACCAAUUCGAACUCGCCUUCGAGAAGGAGCGGCACCGGCUGAACGACCUGCGGAAUGAGUAUACGGCCGACUUGUUCCGCCGUCUAAUGGUCUACCCCUCUCGGAACCUUGCGCUGGCGUCGCCGUCCAGUCUUCCAUGCGCCAUGUCCGGCGUCUGCGACAAGGUCCGCGACCACACCGGUUCCGACUACUGCUUCGUCCUCGACUUGCGCGCCUUCAACUUCCCUUCCUCCACCUGCGCCCCCGCGACUCCCGACUCCCUGCCUCUCAACUCGCCACCUCGAACUCCGCGCGUUAGUCCCGGUUUGACUCGUCGUCGUCGCGAUCCGAGCGUCCACGGUCCCGGCCAUAUCAGCGUUAUGGACGUCGCGUCUCGGCCAUGCGACUCGACGCCGCAGGAGCGUGACGAGUUGCACCAGCUGUUGAACAGCGAGAACGGGAUCGCUGCGGUUGCGAGGGCAUUGGCGGAGUACCACGAUUCUCAACGCACAUCCUUCGCUCUGCCCGUUCCAUCGCCCGACAAAACCGUCACUCGCCUGCCGACUGCGUUAUCCGCCCUGCUGCCCUCGCGAACAACCGCCACCAUCGCGGUCCCCGUCUUCGAUCACGAAGGCGAGCCGGCCCUGUUCAUGGUCUGCGGCUCGACGCAGCCACAUUUCGAGUUCGAGCCGUCCGACGAGCAUUUUGUCUCUUCUAUCGGCGCCAUCCUCAUUGCCGGCCAGUCGCAGGAGCGGAUUCUCGCGGCGGACAAGGCAAAGACCUCCUUCGUCGGGCACAUCUCGCACGAACUUCGAACCCCAUUAUUCGCGCUCGGCUCGCAGCUCGAACUCAUCCGAACGAUGGUGGAUCCCAUCGCACUUACGACCAUUACCCCUCUCCUCGACGUCGCCGAGACCUGCCUCACAUCCUUGCGCGAAAUCCUCGACGACACCCUCGAUUACACAAAGCUCUCCCUCUCGAACGGCCAGCCCUCACGGAAGGACACCACUCUCUGCGAGCUGGAUCUCCAGUCGCUCAUCGUCGACGUCGUGAAGUCUUGCGCGAGCAAGGCCAAGGAUUUGGCUCGUCUUCGCGGCAUGGACGAUGGGCGCGCGCAUGAGCAGGUCCCGUUGAUGUUCCGGUCAGCUGUUGGCGACGGCACUCGGGUCAAGAUCGAUGUCGGUGGCUUCAAGCGGGUGCUGAUCAACCUUAUCAGCAACGCCAUGAAGUUCACCGACUCGGGCAGCAUCACCAUCGCAGUCUCGACAUCACGCGAGGUCGCCAAAGACGCACAGCACGAGUUCGUCUUCGAGGUGAUUGACACCGGCAAAGGGAUGGAUUCGACGUUCAUGCGCGACGACCUUCUCACGCCCUUCAAGCAGAAGGAUCCCUUCGCGCCAGGCGCAGGUCUCGGCACCUCAAUUGCCGACAACAUCGUCAAGCGGAUGGGCGGCUCGCUGCGCUACCGGUCAACGCUCGGUCGGGGAACGGCUGCCAUGGUUACGGUACCGCUCGAGGUCGUUUCGGGACCGGUUGUCCGCUGCGACGACCCGGUCACUCGCAAUCUCACGCAAGAACUCGAGCACCUCUUCAACCCGAUCCGCGGGAUCUCCCGACCUGCCUCGCCUGGCCCCUCAACGGCCUCUCGCAGCGCUUCCGCCCCCGUUCCCUCCUCCCGCCCUCCAGACGACUCGCCGCAAUCCCGAGUCCGCUGCCUCGUCGUCGAUGACAACGCCAUCGCACGACGAGUCCUCGUCACGUACCUCAAAACGAAGAAGAUCGAGCACGCCGAAGCGGGCGGAGGAGCCGAGGCCAUCGAGCUGUUCAAGUCUUUCAAGCCGAACCUCGUGUGGUGCGACAUCCAGAUGCCCGACAUCGACGGCAUCGAGGCGUCUCGAGCGAUGCGUGAGCACGAACACGCCAACAAGCUUCCUCCCGCCCGCAUCAUCGCCAUCUCCGGCCUCGACAGCACGCACGCCAACCACGCCGACGUCGUCGCAUCCGGCCAAGUCGACGAAUGGUUCGUCAAAGCCGGAUCAAGUCUGCGCACGCUCGCCGGCGACCUCGUCAAGUACGACAAGGCGCUCGCCGAGCGAGAACAAGACAAGCUGGCGAACGGCGUCUCACAUCUCGUCAUCUAA